UGGUCAUCCUCUAUAAGUAUUUUUAUUACAUAGGGAUGCAUUUUCAAGAAAACCUUUGAAAUAUUCUUGAAAACUUGCUAAUUGAGAUGUUUCCUUCACAGUCACAAGACGAUCCGAUCUUUGAGGACCCUUCAAUAAUCCUAGAAGAUAUAGUAAACCUAGAAGAAUAUCUGAUUGCAGAUCAUCAAGAUUCUUCAGUGCUGACCAGAAACCGUAGUUGUGCUAAUCCUAAAGAUACAAAAAAGCGGCAAAUAAAACCAUCUUCAGAUGAUGAAGAAAACAAGGAAGGGGUUAGUGCUGAAAACAAGGGCAAGAAAGUUCCGCAUAGAGAAUUUGAGAGGCAAAGAAGGAAACAAAUGGCAAAGCUUUAUGCUUCGCUUCGAUCCCUUCUUCCUCUUGAAUAUAUCAAGGGGAAGCGUGCUGUAUGUGAUCACAUGAACGAAGCUUUGAAUUACAUAAAAGACAUGCGGAAGAAUAUUCAAGAACUGAGCUUGUGUAGAGACAAGCUAAAAAAAUUGUAUACUUCAGGCUCAAACAGUAAUUUAAUGCCUAAUAGUGUGACAGUGAGUCCUUGCCAAGAUGGUGUCGAGGUUUUGAUAAGAACUAGCUCAAUAGAGGGAGGGUUUCCUCUGUCAAGAGUUCUUGGGGAAUUGAUUAGGACAAAUCUCAAUGUUGUAAGCUGUGUUUCUACAAAAACAAAUGAUCAAAGGUUCCUCCACAGAAUUCAGUUUGAGGCCAAAGCCACGGUACUAAUGUGCAUCGAUCUAUCAGCAUUGCGUGAGAGACUGUUUAAUGUGAUUAAUAUGGAGAAUUAAUUUUUUCAAUUAUCAUCUGUUGCAUCAAUCAUCAAAGGGGUAAACUUGGUAGGGCAUGUUCUGAGCUUGAAGUUACCUAACAAUAAGCAUAUCUACAUCUUGCCUUCAACAUUUGUUUUCUUUUAAGAAGUGUGUUACAAAAGGUAAAGAGCACUGGUUUUAUCCCAGAAUUCCAUUAAAGAUGCUCAAUAGUUUGUUCAUAUUGGAUUUUUGUUUCUUGUAGUCACUUUAUUGUAACUAUAUAAUCGAAGAAUUUUAGUAAUGAAGCUUCAUCCUC